GUCUCACGCUCUCCACCUAGACUCAGGCACCAGAGCGCAGUCUUCCAAAUUGUUGUUUUUAACUGCACCUGCCUCGGAGAUUACCUCCGGGAAGCUGUGGGAGGAGCCGAGAGGGUGGAAAAUGCUGCCUUGCUUUGCAAAAGGAAGAAAACUUUGUCACCCAGCAGGAGACCGCUGCCACGCGUAACCAGCACAAGCGCGGGCUUCGGCACCGAUUUUGCACCCGAUGGUUCCGUAGGAGAAAGUGGGCGCCGAACUCCGCGCUCUCGGGACUCCCAGCACCUGGGUGGUGUGCCGCGAGUUCCCUGCUCCACCCCCUCCCCGCGGAAGCCCCACGCGGUGCCUUCACGGGGGAAAGACAGUCAUAAAGAGCGCGUGGCCCGGGACCAACCCCAGCGGCCGGACGAGGCAGGGAGGGGACCGAACCCCAGGGGCGAGUCCCCGGCUUAACUUCUGGUUAAAGUUAUGGGAAGCGCGGCCAUGGACACCAAGAAGAAGAAAGAGGUUUCCUGCCCCAGAGGGAGUGGCGGCAAGAAGAAUCCCAGCCAGAAGAGGCGAUCGCUGCGAGUGCACAUUCCAGACCUGAGUUCCUUUGCCAUGCCACUCCUCGAUGGAGACCUGGACAGCACGGACAAGCAUUCUGCCCGAAAGGUGGACAGCCCCCUCGGCUCGGGCAGCCCCUCCAGGGGGCUCUUCUCUAGAGGCCCCCAGGCCCGGCCCUCCAGCCCUGUGUCUGCUCCCGUGAGACCCAAGACCAGCCCGGGCUCCCCCAAAACCGUGUUCCCGUUCUCCUACCAGGAGUCCCCUCCUCGCUCGCCACGCCGCAUGAGCUUCAGCGGGAUCUUCCGCUCCUCGUCCAAAGAGUCUUCGCCCAACUCCAACCCAUCUACCUCACCCGGGGGCAUCAGGUUCUUCUCCCGCUCCAGAAAAACUUCCAACGUCUCCUCUUCCCCAUCCACUCCCACCCAAGUGACCAAGCAGCACACGUUUCCUCUCGAGUCCUACAAGCAGGAACCUGAGCGCCUGGAGAACCGCAUCUAUGCCUCCUCGCCACCAGACACCGGCCAGCGCUUCUGCCUGGCCUUCCAGAGCCCGACCAGGCCGCCACUGGCCUCCCCCACGCAUCACGCUGCACCCAGAACUGCGGCGCUGGCGGCGGCCCCGGGACCCGCGGAAGCCGGCAUGCUGGAGAAGCUGGAAUUCGAGGAGGAAGCAGAAGAUUCUGAAAGUGGUGUUUACAUGCGAUUCAUGAGGUCACACAAGUGCUAUGACAUCGUUCCCACUAGCUCAAAGCUUGUCGUCUUUGAUACUACGUUACAAGUGAAAAAAGCCUUUUUUGCUUUGGUAGCCAACGGUGUUCGAGCAGCGCCGCUGUGGGAGAGUAAAAAGCAGAGUUUUGUAGGAAUGCUCACAAUCACAGAUUUCAUAAAUAUACUACAUAGAUACUAUAAAUCCCCUAUGGUACAGAUUUAUGAAUUAGAAGAACAUAAGAUUGAAACAUGGAGGGAGCUUUAUUUACAAGAAACAUUUAAGCCUUUAGUGAAUAUAUCUCCAGAUGCAAGCCUCUUCGACGCUGUAUACUCGUUGAUCAAAAAUAAAAUCCACAGAUUGCCCGUCAUUGACCCCACCAGUGGGAAUGCACUUUAUAUCCUAACCCACAAAAGAAUCCUCAAGUUCCUCCAGCUCUUUAUGUCCGACAUGCCAAAGCCCGCCUUCAUGAAGCAAAACCUGCAGGAACUAGGGAUCGGCACCUACCAGGACAUCGCCUUCAUCUACCCCGACACGCCCAUCAUCAAAGCCCUGAACAUCUUCGUGGAGCGGCGGAUAUCGGCCCUGCCCGUGGUGGAUGAGUCAGGAAAAGUUGUAGAUAUUUAUUCCAAAUUUGAUGUAAUUAAUCUUGCUGCUGAGAAAACGUACAAUAACCUGGACAUCACGGUGACACAGGCUCUGCAGCACAGGUCGCAGUAUUUCGAAGGCGUCGUGAAGUGCAGUAAGCUAGAAACACUGGAGACCAUUGUGGACAGGAUCGUCCGGGCUGAGGUGUCUUCCUGUAAGAACUAACGGCAUCAUAUUACAGUGGUCCGUGCACACCCACCCUUUCAGCUGCACAGUUCAUCACAGCUAAUUCCUGGAAGCGGCCUCUGUGUCCACUGACAGACGGAUAAGGUGCAUGAUAAAGUACACUUAGGAGCACUACUCUGCCACGAAGAGGAGCAACCCUGAGACAUUUGUAGGAAAGUGGGUGGACUUUGAGACUGUAAUGUCCAUGAAAUAAGUCAGACGCAUAAGCUUCAAUAUGACAUAGCUUCUCUUGUAUGAGAAACCCAAAGUAUAAACUAUUUUAGAAACAAAAGGAGCCAGGGAUUUAGUCAGCAGCAUAAGCACCUGCCUGGCAAGUGCAAGAUUGUGAGUUCGAUCCCCAGUACCAACAAAUAAAAUGAAAGAGAAUAGAAAGCAGUAGGAUAGCUCUCUUGUAAAUGAGAAAGGAAUCUAGAGAUGGAGUGAGGGGAAGGGGAAUAAAAACUUAAAUGUGGUGAGCAGCUGUGCUAACUCCCUAAAAUAAAUGUAAACAUACACUGCAAAUUGAGCUAAGAAAAAGAACAGAGAGAAAGAGAAAGAGAGAGAGAGAGAGAGAGAGAGAGAGAGAGAAAAGAAAAAAAGGAAAGAAAAAAAAUUAAUUCAGCUUGUUCCCCACCAACCCACACUUGCAGUGGGGCCCCAGAAGUCACCCAGCCCAGCAGGAGAACGCCCGCCUCAGUGCCUGGAUGGUAGUCCUGACACACCAGGGAACCAUGGGGCACUCUUACCUGGCUCAGGCUCAGCUCUGGCUCUCUCUGAAGUUGAGGGGCUCACAUUGUAAGAAAACUUGUAAAGGAAAUUUCAACACUUUUAAAAUGUGUAAGUCUGCCCCUAUAGUGGAGGAUGAGGAAAGGCAGGCAGCUGUUUCCGUAAUUAGGCACAGCUCAGCUGGCCUUGGCAUUCCAACAGAUGCUGCCCCUGAGAUAAGUGUGACUCAGACAAAAGUGCACCUUGUCCUGCUAAUCCAUCCCAAAGGCUUCAGGGCAGCAUCACCCUGCUCGGCAGCUCGCCUCAGUCUCAAAUGGUGAAUGAUUCCUUUCACUCACUCUAGCCAUGACCUUCCUAUUAUAGAGAACCCCCGGUUACUUCCCUAACCCAAACCUGCCUAGCAGUGGGUGACAAGACAGUGUGUAACCAACAUAGGAAGUCCUGUGAGCAACCUUAGGGCUUUCUGCUAGUGUUUCCUAUUUCCUGCUAAUAACACACGCAAAUGUUUUACUAAUCCCGAGACAGGGCUGAUGACUUGAAACAGAUUCCAGCAUUUUACUGGCCUGAGCAAAACUUGGCACGUUCCUCAGUGCCAAGCGUCUUCCAUCUGACUCCAUCCCACUUUAUUUAUUUUUUCUUUUUUUUAUUGGUACCGGGGAUUGAACUCACAUCCACCUGCUUACAAGGCAGGUACUUAUGCCACUGAGCUAAAUCCCCAGCCCCAUCCAUCCCACUUUUCUGUACAGCAUGCCAUCAUGCACCGAGUAGCAGCCCCACACCCAGGAGACCCCAGGGACAGCUGUGGCGCUGCAAGGUUGCAACGGAGUCACAGACUUCUGUCACCUCAAAAUGAGGUAGCUGUGGUGACAUCAUGGCUUUGUGACACAAGAUGCACCACAUGUCACUGGGUGUGGAUGCACACACCAUAAUGCCAGCACUCUAGGAGGCAGAGACCGGAGGAUUGAAAAUUCCAACCCAGGCUGGGGAUUUAGCUCAGCGGCAUAAGCACCUGCCUGGCAAGCGUGAGGUCGUACAGCCAGUGGUGUGUGAGUGGAAACUGUGCCCUCCUCAUCGUCUGCUCUCACCUGGCAGUCUCUGGCCUGCAGGUGCCCAGUGCUGUUGACUCAGGUCUGAGACUUGGCAAGGGUCAUUGUCUGCUGAGGUCAUGAGUGCCCCCCACCCACAAUAUUCUCUCCAUGCUGCAGAGUCCUUCACACAGAUGAUACUUCCAGACACGGGGGUGAGGACACAGACUAUACACACAGAAUGCAAUGCAGUGGGGCCAGGAUGACAGAAAAGAAGGGACCCCUAGCCCUGCUGAGCAGGACCGUGAGCCUAGCUUCAGAAGCCACAGACACACUGUAACAGGUGUGUGUGUGUGUGUGUGUGUGUGUGUGUGUGUGUGUAUGUGUGUGUGUGUAUUUGAGACAGGGUGUGAAGUCCAGGCUGGCCCCAAACUCACGGCCAUCCUCCUGCCUCAUCCUCCUGAGGGCUGGGGUUAUAGAUGUGUGCCACCAUGUCCAGCUCAAACAUUUUUUAAAAAAGAACAGUGUAUGUUUUCAUCUACUUGCAAAUUAUCACGGGGAAAGAAUGGGUCUGUCCUCUUGUCUCACUCUGUAGUCCAGGCAGACCUUACACUUACUGCCUCAGCCUCCUGAGUGCUGCAAUUACGGGCAUGCACCAUCACACCUGGCUGCGUUUAUUCUGCUCCCAUUUGACUACUUGAAUUGGUCCCUAUGCUCAUUAGCAGUCAGUAAUUUUUUCCCUUUUGAUGUAAGCAUUUAUAUCCUGUGAAUCUUGACUGGCGGUGCUUUUUUGUAGCAUUCUUACUACUAUUCCGGUCUAAUAUUUCAAUUUCUCUGUAUUUCCUUUAAGCUAUGAAUUAUGUAAAAGUAAAUUUUCUAUUUUCCACCAA